AUGACAACAUGGAGCUCAGAGGGUGCUGGUUUAUCUAGCUUUAUAGAUGAUCAGGAUGAAUUACGUGGUUGUUCGGAUAAUAUGACUGAUGUCGCAUCGGAAGAACAGAUAAUGGAAAGAAAAGGUCUUAAUCUGACUAAUUCAGAUUCUUGUCCACCAAAUCGAAAGUGGAGGGCAUACAUGGUGCUUACAGGAUCGUUUAUCGUGAUAUUGACCAAUUUGGGUCUUAUUAAUUCGAUUGGAGCUGUCCAGGCACACGUUAGUCGAAACCAGUUGAAAGAUGUUAGUACAUUCGGCAUCUCGUGGGUUUUCUCUAUCUUCCUUUGUCUUAGUUAUUCUGUUGGUCUCGUGACAGGAAGUAUAUUUGACAAAAGAGGUGCACUAGUACUAUUGAUUCCGUCUGCUUUAUUUAUGAUUUUGGGAAUGUUCGGGGCAGCAUUCAGCAAGUCGGUUUACCAGUUUAUUCUAAGCUUUAUUGCUGUAGGAAUUUCAUGUGGUUUGUCAUUAACGCCAUCGGUCGGUGUAAUUAACCACUGGUUCGAUAUCGAUAGAAUAGGUACAUGUCAAGGUAUUGCUACAAGUGCCGGUUCCGUAGGUGGAUUGGCAUUCCCAUUACUUUUAAAUCACAUGUAUUCUACGUAUGGGUUUAGAGAUGCCAUUAUAACCUUAGGAUGCUUAUGUUUUGGAUGUUUAUUGAUUGGAAUGGCAUUGAUAGGGAAAGGUGUAAAAAGAAAUGAGACGUCUUCAUUCAAUGAAAGAAAAGAGCAUAUAUCAAAAUGGAAACAAGUGAAAAAUAAUAUGAAACUUUUUAGCUUCGGUCAACUAAAAGAUAUUAGGUAUCUUUUUCUUGUUAUUGGAUCAUUUUUCGCUGAAUUAUCCUAUGUUAUAAUAGUCACCUAUUAUGAUACGUAUGCACUUGCUCAAGGUGUCACAGAAUCUACGGCUUAUUUGCUUUUAACUGUGUUCAAUGCAAGUGGAAUUCCUGGAAGAUUUUUGCCUGCCUAUCUUUCAGAUUAUAUCGGAAAAUACAACAUGCUACUUAUAAUGUUAUUGGGUUACGUGCUUUCGAUAUUCAUUUUAUGGUUCCCAUUUGGCUAUAGUCAUAACGUUCUUUAUGCAUUUGCUGCGCUUUGUGGAUUUUUUCUGGGCCUGAUUUUAACAAUGCUUCCAAUAUGUCUAGCCGAAAUAAGUGAUGUUCUGGAAUUUGGAGAAAGAUAUGGUAUCGUAAAUUUCUUUAUAAGUAUUGGGAAUUUAUUUGGUAUCCCAAUUGCGGCUGUCAUUAUUGGCAAUGAAUCUGUUACAAACUACAAUCAUUUCGCUAUCAUGGCGGCUGUCUUAUCAGUUGUUGGUACAUCUUUUUGGUAUGCAAGUAGACACGCUAUAGUAGGAUUUCGAUUAAAGGUGAAGAUUUAG